AUGACAAUGCACCGAAAGUUUCGGGAAAUAGCUCCGAAACCUCCUGAUUCUGGAGUGUUCCGAAGCACAUGUGGUACGAGAUUUGCAACAUCUGAAAAAUUAUUAGCAGCGUCGUUUGAGAUUUCUAAAUUAAUAGCACAAUGUAAAAAACCUCACACAGUCGGAGAAACACUCGUGAAACCGUGUUUGAUCAAAGCCGUCGAAGAAGUUUUAGGAUUAGAGGCCAAGAAAAAAAUACAAGAUAUACCUCUGUCAAAUAACACGGUCAAAGCUCGAAUUGAACUUAUGUCAAAUGAUAUUGAGGAGCAACUUGUUUCAAGAAUAAAAAGGUCGCCAGUUUUCGCUUUGCAGUGUGAUGAAUCGACCGACAUUUCAAAUUGUUGUCAACUACUUGUAUUUGUUCGCUUUUUAGACGACGACAACACAAUUAUUAAAGAAGAAUUAUUGAUUUCACGGGAACUGGAUACAACAUCGAAAGGUAUUGACGUCAUGAACUCAAUAUCGGAAUAUUUUGAGAAACAUAAUCUUAUGUGGAAUAAACUCGUUGCCCUUUGUACUGAUGUAAUGUUAGGGUCACGUUCUGGGCUGGCAACAUAA